AUCAGGUAAAUGAAAACACGGAGUAAAAUCCAUUCCAUAUCUCCAGUGGACGGAGACCAAUAGAAAUACAAGUCAACUCAUAAAUUUGCUUAAUAGUCUAUGAUUUGAUUGCUUUUUUUCUUCUUGAAAAAUUAUUAAUACUACUGGGAAAUGUGAACGAAAACAAAAGGCCCAGAAAUUCAUAAGCAGUAUCAAGUGUUCUUCCUCAACAUGGCACCUCAACUCAUUUACCUCAUCUUUCUAUCACUCUUUGCAGUACUUGGAUCAAUUGCUCAAAAUGAAUGCCAAGUCGAAAACUGCACGCAGUAUGGCCCUGCCAUCCGGUUCCCCUUCAGCCUUAAAGACCGCCACCAACAGCACAGUGGCUACCCUGGCUUUGAACUUCACUGCACUCAAAACAAUGACACGGUAUUGGAAUUUCCUUUACUGGCGAAGGCAUCAAUCAAGGACUCUAACCUUCCAUUUUCGGUUCAGUUUUCCAUUAAAGAAAUCGAUUAUGAAAAUCAGUUUAUCGAGAUAUCUCAAGUCUCUGGCUGCUUUCCAGGAUUGCUUCCAAUUCUAAAUUUAUCCGCAUCUCCAUUCCAAUUCCUAGAUGAUUCUAGUUAUAACUUCACUUUAUUCAACUGUUCCAAAAUCAAGCGAGAUAAUCUUGAUUAUAUGAUCCCCGUACCCUGCCUCAGCAGUAAGGAUUAUGACGUUUGUAGAGUUUGGUCCGAUGAUUUCUUAUAUGAAUUGCCCAUACAAUCCUGCAGCAAGAUGUUUGACGUUCAAUCCAUACCUGAGGAAGUAUUUUACAAUCUGUCCUCUUUUCAAUUGGAAUGGUCCAGACCAUCUUGUGGACAUUGCGAAUCCAAUGGCGAACAUUGUAGAUUGAAGAAUGACAGUUCAAUCUUGUAUGAUACUGAA